AUGAUUUCGCCCGAACCUUACAGCAAUCAAACGCUGAACAACUCGCCUCUUGCUGUGGACGGUAGUGAUUUCCCUUGCAAGCUGCGCGCAGAUGCAUUUUCAGCCCCUUCAACAGAGACUAUCUACCAGAUCGGCGGUGUAAAUACAAUGAAGUUCGAAGGCAGUGCGACUCACGGCGGCGGAUCAUGCCAAUUGAGCCUCACGGAAGAUCUAAUGCCUAGCAAAGAAUCCAAAUGGAAGGUCAUUAAGUCUUACGAAGGAGGCUGCCCCGCGAAUGUAGGAAAGAAUCUUGCCGGGGACGCUUCUGCCGACAAUGGCCUUCAGCUCGAGUUCGCGAUCCCUGAGAGCAUUCACCUCGGGAAGUAUACCUUGGCCUGGACGUGGUUUAACCGAAUCGGGAAUCGUGAGAUGUACAUGAAUUGCGCUCCAAUCACCGUGACCAGUGGCUCGUCGCCACAAUCCUGCAAGAGUAUGCAAGAUCAAAUGCCUAAUUUCCCUGCCAUGUUCAUCGCCAACAUCAACGGCUGUAUAACCAAAGAGGGAGUGGACAUUCGGUUUCCCCAGCCAGGAAGCAUUGUUGAGUACAAUGGUCAACCGAAUAAUCUUCUCCAAGAAUUCGAGCCACCAUGCACCGGAUCACCUACUUUCAGUGCCUUGGCAGCCAUCGGCUCAAAUAUUCCAGAUGCUGCCAAGAGUGUUCUAGGAGAGACUGUUUCAUCUUCCACGUCAUCUACUCUCGCUCGCAUUCCCUCAGCUUGCUCUUGUCGUGCUCUACAUCGCAAUUCGGACCAUUGA